GACCACAGCAGGAAGUGAGCGGCGGUGGGGGCAGAGAAGCAGAGUCUGCGUCGCAACGGGAGGAGGAGGAUAGUCAAACAAAAAGCAUGUUAAAAGCGUGAAAAUCCGCGCGGCUCCGUCUUCGCUGCUCACGGCGCUCUCCCUGCGGACACGGACGCCAUCUGAGGGGCACAAGUGUGAAGAAUGUGGAAAGGCCUUCAAGAUCCAAAAGCAGCUGAUUAACCAUCUUCGGCUCCAUGAGGAGCAUCGUGCCAAAGGCCUCGUUAGAACUGGCCCAAAUGGUUCCCGCUUCCCACAGCCCGGCCCCUCUCAGAUGCAGACCAUGAGAGGAGAGUCGUCCAAAAGCCAAGUGAUGGGUGUUAAGUACAGCCAUCAAGGUUUCAAAAAGCCCUACUCCUCAGCUGGAACCUCCAGGCCGCAAAAAUUUGACCCUGCAGAAAGUGGGCGGAGGCCGUUUGCCUGCGAUGAGUGUGGGAAGACCUACAGACAUGCUGGCAGCCUGGCCAAUCACAAGAACCUUCACAAGAUCGGAGAGUAUCACUGCAACGUCUGCAACUCCACGUACCCAAAUAGACUGGCCAUGAAAAAUCACCUGCGUCUCCAUUUUGCUCAAAAAAAGCACAACUGCCAAGAGUGCGGCAAGGGAUUUCGCACUCAGAGGCAGCUAGCUACUCACACUACAGCGGGCCUUUGUAAAGGGCCCCAGGGCCCCGGGGCCCAAAUGGACUUUGAGUGUGACGGCUGUUGCGAGGGGUUUUCCACAGCGGAUGAGCUAGCGGCUCACGACUGUCCGGCGCAGCAUCUUCCCUCGUCUUCUUCUACCAGUAGCUCCACCAACAUCAGCUUGGAGAGAAGCACGGUGGACUUGGACUCUGAUGAGAGACCAUAUGCUUGCGACCUGUGUAGUUGUGCCUACAAACAUGCCAGCUCCUUGCUUAACCACAAGCACACGCACAAGACUGGCAAUUUCCGUUGCAACUUCUGCGACAAGCCAUACACCAACUACAUGGCACUACGCAACCACAUGCGAAUCCACACUCAGCGGAAGAAGCACAUCUGCCUCACGUGCGGGAAAGCUUUCCGACUGGCCAGGUUCCUCCGUAAUCAUCAGAAGGUCCACGAGGAGGGAGCCACCCCCUUCGGCUGCCCCACUUGUGGAAAGAGCUUCCAGGGAAGAUCCGGUCUGGCACGGCAUCGCUGCGGGGACAACCAGGUAGGCAUGGAGGUCAGGAGGAAGGCCACGGCACCCGCAGGAGAGGGCGAAGAGUGUCGGUACACAUGUGAUCAGUGUGGCCGCUCCUAUCGGCAUGCUAGCUCCCUGCUAAAUCACAAGAACACCCACACUGUUGGCAUCUACCACUGCGCAGUGUGCCUAAAGACCUACUCCAACCUCCUUGCCCUCAAGAACCACCGUCGUAUUCACUCAGAGAUGCGGCGCUACCGCUGCCACGACUGUGGCAAAGCCUUCCGCGUUUCCUCACAACUCCACAACCACAGACGAGUCCACCAGAAGCAGCGGGAGCUGACCUGUCGGUCCUGCCAGCGGGCCUUUCCCACACAGGCAAGUUUUAGGCUCCACAUGGAGAUCAGCCACGGGCAGACGCCACAGCCCCGCCAGGCCAGAACCCAACAGCCUCGACCGGGCGGCUCCCACGGCCUUGGCUGGGGCUCAGGCCUGGAUCUCACCUUGAUGCAAGAGCAAGGAUUCAACACAAGCGGUGUCACCAAAGCCAGAGGUCGUGGGGGGAAUACUGAGGUUGUGAAGGCUCACGUCUGUGACCAGUGUGGGCGCUCUUACCGCCACGCUAGCUCCCUCCUCAACCACAAGAACAGCCACAAGACUGGGACCUACUUCUGCAACUCCUGCCAGAAAGAGUUCCCCAACCUGAUGUCUCUGAAGAACCAUCGGCGGAUCCACACCGAGCCCAAACGUUACCAGUGUCCAGACUGUGGCAAGUCCUUCCGUGUGUCCACGCAACUCAUCUGCCACCGUCGUAUCCACACCAAGGAGAAACCCUUCUCCUGCCAGCACUGUGACAAGCGCUUCUCCUCCAAGUCUAACCUCAGGCACCACAUGAAGGUGCAUUGGAGCGGCUCAACACCGCCCCCUCCUGUUGCCAUAGGUGCAGCCAACUUCCUGGGCAUGCCCGGUGGCCCAUUCAUAUAAACUGGGACAGUGGUGUGGUUGUUAUUUGGCAGGUGGUGAAUGUCCAGUCUCUAGCCAAGUUUUGUGAGAGUUGCCAAAAUGUAGCUCCUGCUCAAACAGCGUCCUUUUUCUCUGAAUCGUCAUCGUGCGUCCGAGGGACAGGUGAUACAGACGGUACAGACACGUGCACUGACUGAUGGACAGACAGACAGACAGACAGACAGACAGGUGUAACCCGGGGACACAGAGAGACUUGAUGCUACACUCAGCAGCUCUGGAACAUUGAACAGAGGUUUUGGGUCUGGAUACCUGGGAGCAGCGGUUUCCCUGACGACCCUCUCUGUUCUGAGUCACAGUGUGUCUGCGGGAUGUGCUGGUAGGUGGAGAUGUUUGGACCUCACUGACAUUGACGUUUUGUGUGUGGGUGUCUCAAAGCGCCUUUUUUUGUGCCUCCUUUACACAUACGACUUCAUCAGCUGCGGCUGAGAUGGAUUACUGCGAUUCAGGAACGGAUGAGCAGGACACUUGGUCAGAGGGAAAGGAACUGGACACUGGACGGUUUUGUCUCAAUUUGACAAUUACUCAUACGUUUUCCCACGGGCUCUGGCUCUAAUGAUUCUUGUUCGUGGUAAGGUGUUGUCACAUUUAAGAAGUAGGCGUGGAAUAGGCUUAGGUGUGCUGCCUCCUGUGGUCAGUUUGCGUAACUGUAAAUGUGGUAAUGUGAACAACGGAUUGCAGGUUUUCUCCGAGGACUUUGUCAUCUAAAAGUUCCAGUGAGAAGAAUCCAACAGUAAAGUUGAGGUUUGGAGAGAGGGGGGAGAGAUGGGGGGGGCACUCAGUCAGUCCUUAAGAUCACUUUAAAGCCGGUACCGAUGCCUGUUCAAGGCUCGGGGAAAUGAGCUGCUGUCUUACGUUUGUUCAAACUUGUGUCACCAGUGAGCGCAGGUCAGCACUUCCUGUUCAUCUACCUGACAAAGUCCCUGACUCUUCCUCAGUUUAUGAAGUCUCUCUGUGUGUGUGUGUGUGUGUGUUACAGAACGGCAGCGUUACAUUUCCAGAUCUCCCAUCAUGCCGAGGGGCUGUGCAGGUGUUUGUCUUGUAUUGUCCUGUUGGAUUGUGACAUUCACGACUUCUUUCUUACCGAAAGAAGGAAAACAGAGGAGUGACCGUUGUAGUACUGCAUUUAUUUAUAUACUCACCUUCUCCUAUGUGUCAUUAUUAUUAUUAUUAUUAUUAUUAUUAUUAUUAUUAUUAUAAUUAACUCGUGUAAUGGACGGCACUAGUCUGUAGAACGAUGUUUGAGUUUAGAGCUUCGAUGUAUCCCAACCCCUGUGUACUCACUAACGUGGAGACGAUGGAGCCGCCGCGGCACGGACUCAAACUCUGAACUCUGAAACUGGAACAUUAAUUCUCAUGAUUUGAAUUGUUUUUUUAUUUGGCCUUUAACCAGUGCUGUUGUGACAGUGAACUCCCCCCCCUCCCCCCCCCCCCCCCCCUCCCCUCGCCAUUAUCCCUCUCUGUCAUAUUUAUCUCCACCCGCCCAGGCUUCCUGGUUCACUCAGUCAAACGUGGAGAUUGGACCAGAUGCCACUUGUCCUUUUCUUGUUGUUGUUGUUUUUUUUUUUUAUGUGUUUUUUACUCUCAACACCUCUGGUAACCUCUUGUAUUUAUUGGUGUUUUAAUUUUUCCCUUUUUUUUUUUAAGUUAAGUGCUUUUAUUUCCACUAGAAGGCAGUAGAGGGCGUGUGUUUAAAAAGAAAAAAAGUGUCAUUUUUUUUAAAGACUUGGUGCUAGUUUAAAAAAAAAAAAAAGUUGAAAGCUGUGCAGUGACUGUUCAUGUGCUGUGAGAGGUCAUGUGACAGAGAGGACGGUGGGUAGAAAAAGUCUACACACCUGCCCUCAUCACGUACCUGGUUGGAUGUUGACACUGUGAUCCGAUCUGUUCAUUCACGUCACGGAUGUUCGACUGUGACGUGAAAGAAAAAGAGAAAGCUGACGUCGUGUGGUUGCAUAGGUCUACACAGCGCUGUCGUUACGUUCUUCUGUGAAGAGGCUCGGUUCUGCUCACAUUUCACCUCUGGAUUUCUGACUGACAGGUUCUAAAAAAAAAUUUCAUAUCUGUUGUUGUUCCUCUGCCUUAGCCGCAUCAUUUGAUUCCGGUGUUCAUGCUCUGUCUGGUUGUCAGCUGGAGUUUCAGUAAAAAAAAAAAACAAACAAACUAAAUAAAACAAACUGUUCACACCCUCCGUUCAAGACAGUAUUGGCUCCCGCCCUGCCCCCCCCCCGUGCCCCAGAAUCUCAACUAGAGCACCAGUCACAGCUACGGAGAAACAAGAAACAGCCCCCAAAAAAAUUUGCUGAUGCCACCAGCAGGCCUCAGUGUCCCUGCUGGGGGUUUUCUCACCUCCUCGUCUGAGACCUGGUGGAGAAUAUGUGUCAAGUUUAAUCUGAUUUAGAAAGAGCUUCGUUUUUUGUUUUUUUUUUUUUUCUUCUGAUGAAUUAAAAAUGUGUCCUUCUGUGAUGUCACGGUUCGUCCGUCUUGUCUCCACUGUCUCGUCUUCACUGUGUUGGAAACUGCUCUGCAGCCUUCUCUCCUGAGCCUUUUAUCCCUUUGAUAAAUCCGAUCCAGUGAGGAGGAAACUCAGCUGAGGUUGUCCAGAGUUGCUGGAUGUGCAGUCAUUUCAACUCAGGUUGUGUCGACUUAUGCAACCCUGUAGUUUGAGUUGAAUAUUUUUGUCCGGGUCAAAGACUUGCCUUUGUUCUGGAUGUUAAUGUAUAUAAAAAAAAAAGACCUGACUGGUGUUUGUUGUUGGAAAAAAAAGAAGGGGUGUGUAAACUUUUCCUCUCCUCGUUUGUCGAUGUUUGUUUUGAUUUGAACCCCUUUUUCUUUCAUGGACUCUGUGUCUCUAAACACUGUCUCUGCUUCACCCUUUUGUUUAUGUACAACUGACUAUUCUACACUUUUAUAAACAAUGUUUUGAUAAUUCAUUUCUUAACAGAAAAUCUUGUCCAUAUUCUAUAACCUACAGGCUGAGUACGGAAAAAUAAAUAGUUAGGAAAAAUGAGGAGAACUAUUUUUAUUUUUUGUUGUUGUUGUUUUAUUCCGACAGCAGUCGUCGCUUCACGUGAAAAAUAACUACAACAACAACUACAACAUCUAAGAUUUAGUUUUAGUCUGACAAUUUUUUGUUUUUAACCUGUUGGCUUUGCAGAGCUUCCACUGAAACAAUGUUCACUUUUUUCCCCAUCCAUCCAUCCAUCCGUCCAUCCGUCCAUCCAUCCAUCCAUCCAUCCGUCCAUCCAUCCAUCUUUCCAUGUAACCACCAACGUGUCCUUCCAUGCGACCAUUAAACUUGUUUCGCAAAACAAUGAAAACAUGCAGGGGCUUAAGAGCCACAGCGCCACCUGCAGGCCAGAGGAAGAGAGCUACGUACGGUGCCUCUGUAUGAACUCUACGUAAUCUUUCCUCCGCACAGUUGACCACAGUAACGGUGCUGUAUUAGACGCUGUAUUAGACGCUUAUGGACGGAGCCAGAAACUUUUAUUAAAGUUGAACACGGGAACCAGAGAUUUUAUAGAAACAUUGAAUUUUUUUUUUUGUCAUGGUACAGUACCAGCUGCUGGUUGAUUUUUACAAACACUGCUGGUGUUUUUAAUACACAGAAUAUCAGACAUUAAAUAAUUAAAGCGUGGGUCAAAUCAGUGACUGAUUAAAGCCAAUCAGUGGGUGGAGAGAUUAAUUGGUGCGAUCCAUAAAAGUGAUCAAAUUGAUAAGUGAUAAGAAAGUGAUCGAUCAAAAUGACUUGAUAGAAAGAUAAAGACAAAGAUCAAAGGAAGCUCCGACUCAGGAUACACUUAACAAUCCUUUUCUUUAUUCAUUUUUAUGUAUCAUUUCAGUUUGUCCGUCGUCUUUUUUUUUUUCAACUUUUAUUUGAAAUUAAAAUUUUCUGACACUUAUAAAAGACAGCAUCUGCAUAGAGUUGUCAUCUUUAAAGAUCCGUGGAGGGGGGGGCGGGGUGAGGGCGGGGUUGUUGGAUAAAAGGGGCGGGGAAUACUGGCACAUCACAUGAACUAAACAGAACAGCCAACAGCAGUACGAGAGAAGGGGAGGGGCGUGUCCUGAAUAGGGGAGGGGGGCGGGGCGACAGGUCGCUUUUACAUUACACUACGCACACAUACACGCACACAAAAAAAUAAAAAAUAACGGGACACAAGUUGCAUUUCCCGGAAAAGUUGCUCCGCAGUCAUUAAAGUCUCUGUCCUCCGAACUUUUACACGUUUUGUUUUUAUUCACUCGUGUCUUUGUCUGCCGUGUUCUCCCCCAGAGUCAGUGGUGAUUGGUUCCUUUGCGCGUAUCGUAGGAAGCAUCGUUAGCUUGGCUCUUGCACAAGGGGGCGGAGCUCGCCGGCAAGGUCACGGGGGGGGGGGGGGGGGGGGGGGCCCCCGCCUCAUUUGAAGGAAAAGCCCUUGUUCCUCAGAAUAUUGCACACUUCGCUGUGAUAGGCCUGUGUGAGGCGGGAAACCGGCUGACUCCGCCCCCUUUCCUUAGGUUUUUUUUUUCUUUUCUUUUCCUUAGAGCGGGGGAAAUGGUAGUUGGUUGUUAGAAAUGUUAAAUGAAUUGUGUCUUUAACAAAACACUUUCAGUUUGUUAGACCAAAUUAGCUUGUUGGGAUUCUGUUCGAGGUUUUCCUUCUAGUUUUUUUGGCGUUUUUUUACGUGAACUCUGGGGAGAAGCAAACGUGAAAAGAGACCGAGUUUCAGUUUGAC